AUGGCUCCUGCAGCAACUGUGUCAACCAUCUGGAGGCCAGACGAGCCACUGUCCGUAGGCACCGAGAAGGACGCCGUCGGUGUCCAGCAUGUUGAGCAGGCCGAAGACGACUCAACACUAAGAACGGUGGAUGAAGUCCUAAGGCGGCGGGCCAGAACAGAUCCAGAUUUACCAGUCGUGUCCUACCCGUCCUCAGGCAUCGAGUAUGUCGACUACACCUUCCAGCAGCUCGAUGUCUUCGCCUACCGGGUGGGGAAGCAGCUCCAGGCCGCGAUCCCAUCCAGGACGAGCUCCAAGGAGAAGCGGACCGUCGUCGCCAUGCUCGGCCCGUCGAACCUCGAAUAUCUGGUAACGAUGAUGGGUCUGUUCAAGCUCGGCCACACAGUAUUGUUCCUGUCCACCAGGAUAUCGGUCCCUGCCAUCGAGUCAUUGAUCACAUCCACCGGUGCGACAUACCUGAUCGCGGACCCUCGGUAUCUCGAGUCCUCUCUGGCUACAAAGGAGCAAGUCCCGGGGCUCCAAGUCCUCGACAUGCCCACGAGGACCAACUUCGAGUUCCCGAUCGAUGCUGUGGGAGACACACAGCUCGACGCCGCUCUCGAUCCGAGUGUAGAGACAAACCAGAUUGUUUACAUCAUUCACUCAAGCGGCUCAACUGGCUUACCGAAGGCCAUCUACCAGAAACAAAAUGCAGCGCUGUCCAACUUUUCGGGCAACAUGAACAUGAAAGCGUUUAUCACGCUGCCAUUAUACCACAAUCACGGAAUCUGCAACCUCUACCGGGCGGUCUGGUCCAAGAAGGCCAUUCACCUGUACAAUGCUGACCUCCCUUUGACGUGCAACUAUCUCAUCAAGAUUUUGAAGGCCCACGACUUUGAAAUAUUCUAUGGCGUGCCCUACGCACUAAAGCUACUCGCUGAGGCUGAUGAAGGCCUGUCACUUCUCGCUCAGCUCAAGAUUGUCAUGUACGGCGGCUCAGCUUGUCCUGAUGAUUUGGGGGACUUAUUGGUAGACCACGGAGUGAACCUGGUUAGCCACUACGGAGCAACUGAAGUGGGCCAACUCAUGACAUCCUUCCGACAGCCUGGGGAUAAAGCCUGGAAUUACGUGCGGGAGCAUGACAAGCUGAAGCCCUACCUUCGGUGGAUUCCCCAAGGGCCUAAUUUAUACGAGUGCUGUGUCCUGCCGGGUUGGCCGGCAAAGACUGCCACGAACAUGGACGAUGGUUCUUACCGCACAAAAGACCUUUUCGAGCCUCAUCCAACUACUCCUGGUGCAUGGAAGUACAUCGCUCGCCAGGAUGACACAAUUGUUUUGGUCAACGGCGAAAAGUUCAACCCCGUUGUCACCGAGGGCAAGAUUCGGUCCAGCAAGCUGGUCACCGAGGCCGUUCUCUUUGGAGCCCAGCAACCAUAUCUGGGUGUCCUGGUCGUCCCGUCGCCGGCGGCAGCUCUCAACAAAGCACCAGCUGAGAUUCUCGAUCUGGUGUGGCCGGUGGUCGAGGCAGCUCAGGAGUCAAACGAUGCAUUCGCCAAGCUCUCCAGGGAGAUGGUUGUCAUCCUCCCGUACGAUGUCGACUACCCACGCACGGACAAAGGCAGUCUCAUUCGCCAGGCUUUCUACAGAGUCUUUGCCAAAGAAAUCGAACUCGCUUACGAAAUCUCGUCAUCGACGAACGAGAACGCGCAGGAGUAUUCCGAGCCCGAGCUCCGCGACUUCCUAAGGGGAAUGGUCACAAAGGCGCUGCCGCAAGGAAUGAGCUUCACAGACGAGACUGACUUCUUUUCUCUGGGACUGGACUCACUCCAAUCCAUUCAAAUCCGAGCAGAAAUACUGAGGUCCGUGAAGACGGCCAACAAGCUGACACAGAAUGUGGUGUUCGAUCACCCUUCUAUCGGCAAAUUGGCCGCAUAUCUGUCAGGCUCAUCAACACAGACCAGCAUUGAGGACGAGAUUUCGUCCUUGGUUGAAAAGUACUCAACAUUCUCCACGCCGAAAGCCAAGUCAGGCAAGUUUGUCGCUGUUACCGGCUCGACCGGCUCUCUUGGAGCGCACAUUGUUGCCCAACUGGUGCAGGAUCCCUCGAUAGACCGCAUUUACUGCUUCGUCCGAGCUCAAGAUGAAUCGAGCGCAACCAAUCGCACGGCAGAGUCUUUGAUCUCUCGCAAGCUGUAUCACAGCCUACCGCUCCAGCUACGCAGAAAGGUCAUUUCCCUGCCCGUAGACCUCUCAAAGCCCGACCUGGGACUGCCGGAGUCGACAUACCGCGAGAUCACCUCAAGUCUGAGGACAGUCAUCCACGCCGCCUGGUCCGUCAACUUCAACAUCCGCCUCUCGUCCUUCGAGAAGGACAACAUCGCUGGUGUGCGCCACCUGAUCGACCUGUGCCAGUCGGGAGGCGCCUCGUUCAACUUCUGCUCCUCGGUGAGCACAGUUUCCAGACACCCGGACGAACAAGGCCCGGUCCCCGAGUCCCUGCCCGACGCCAGGUGGGCACAGGGCAUGGGCUACGCGCAGUCCAAGUCCGUCGCCGAGGCCAUCUGCUCCCGGGCUGCGGCGCAGGCCGGCAUCCCGGUGCGGGUGUUGAGGAUUGGCCAGAUCGUCGCAGAUACGACGCAUGGCGUGUGGAACGCCACCGAGGCAGUUCCGCUGAUGCUGCAGAGCGCUCUCACAAUCGGCGCGCUUCCCCGCCUCUCAGAAACACCAUCUUGGUUGCCCGUCGACACUGUCGCAAAGGGUGUCACCGAGAUCGCGCUCUCGGACGCAGACAACAAAGCAGCUACUGGUGCAUUGUUCGCAAACGUCGUAAACCACCGCACCUUCAGCUGGACCAAUGACCUGCUCCCUGCACUUCGCAAUGCCGGCCUGGAAUUCGAGGAGGUCGAGCCGAAGGAGUGGGUCAGGAGGCUCAGGGAAUCUAACCCAGACCCCGUCGUGAACCCACCCAUCAAGCUGGUCGACUUUUUCGCCAGCAAGUACGACCGCGACGAGUUCUCCCCCUCGAAGGAGUACGUCACCGACACAGCUCGCUCAUUGUCACGGAGCCUGGAGAACGCACCACUCCUGGACAGUGACUUCGCCAAGAAGUUCGUGGACCAGUUCUGCCGGACGUCCUGGAGACCAUCGACCGCAUCCAAAGCCGCCGAGCCAGCUUCAGCUGCCAAGCGCGUUAUAAUCGUCACCGGGCCGUGUGGCAGCGGGAAGACGACCUUGGCCACCGCGCUGGCGAGCGAGCCGCUCGGCGCCCCCUUCAUCGAAGGUGACUCGCUCCACAGCAAAGACGCCGUCGACCGCAUGCACGCCGGCCAGCCACUCUCUGACGAGCACAGGAAGCCGUGGCUCGACCGCCUCGUACGCCGGGCACACGAGGAGCUCUUUGAGCUAGGCUACGACACGGUGGUCGUCAGCUGUUCGGGGCUGAAGCGGUCGUACCGCGAUCAGAUCCGACAGAUCGGCGCGGGAGGCAAGGCCAAGGUGGUGUUUUUGGACUUGCAGUGCGCCCCUGAGACAUUGAUUGGGAGGCUGCAGGAGAGGAAGGGGCACUACAUGAAGGCUGAGAUGGUUCAGAGCCAACUUAGGGACCAGGAGGGUGUAGCGACGGAUGAGGUUGAUGUGUUUCCGAUUGACGCCGAGGGUGCACUGGAGGGUAUUUUGCAAGAGGCUACCUGGGCUUUGGAGCGGAUUUCAUAA